AAGCGAUCAUCACCAUCAGGACCGUGCCCCCGUCACGUGGAAUACAAAUACCUACUGGGAGAUGCGAAAUCAUUGUCUGCUUUGUUCUUUGUUCUCUGUUCUCUAACCUCAGUCACUCUUUUAACCACGUCCUCAACAACUUCAUCGUCGUGAUCUUCAGCCGGUGACCUGCCAGGCUUCAACUACUCGCUUCUCUUUUACCAUCAGUUACUUCUACCUAAUAUUUCCAAAUUAUUCAUAAUGGCGCCGGCUUUCAUUGCUAAGUUGAAGACCAAGCUCAAGUCUAUCUUCAAGAAGAAGAAGACCGACCAAGAAAACCCCGAAGCUACUCCUGCUGCUGAUGCUGCUGCUGCGGAGCCCCCGGCUGAUGUCCCCGCUGAGACCCCCGCUGAGGGAGCGAAGCCGGAGCCCACUGAGCCUGUGACAUCCUCAACUGCUCCGGUUCUGGAACUGAGCACGGGCGCACCCGCAGAAACCGUGGCGGAGGACCACGCCGCGGAGAAGAAGGCCGAGGCUGCUGCUGAAGCUGCUGCGGACAAGCCUGCCGAGACUGUUGGACAAGCAAAGGCCGAAGAGUCCAAGUAACCGAACUCAUGGCGAUGAGCGAUGCGUCGUGAUCUCCACGCAUCUUCCAUUCUUUUACCCUCGAACUCCUUAAUACCUUGCAUCUCAUACCCAG